AUGAGACUAGACGAUAAGAGAUUCGAAAUUAAAGAUCAGCCAUCGCCUGUCACUUGCAAUUGGGUAAAAUAUAUCGAGGCCUAUUUUAACUCCGCGCCUUGUAAACGUAUGUUCAUAGACGCGGACCCGUUGCCCGGCAAGCACGUCCCACUGGAGAGCUAUGAGAGCGAAUUGGAGAGGGAGCACGCGCUGCCGACGUCCGUCCCCAAUGCCGACAUACUUAAAACUAACAGCAACCCGACCUAUCACAAGCCCAGAAAGCAUUUUCAUUCCCUUAAUGUACAAGUUGUUUGUGACAGUGAAUGCCGCAUUUUAAAUGUGAAUGCAAAAUAUGGAGGUGCCACCCAUGAUGCUUUUAUUUGGGAUAAUAGCCUAGUAAACCAGUAUAUGCAAGAAUUACAUCUUAACAAUGAACAAGUAUGGCUACUUGAUACCUACUAUCUACUUAACUUUCUGUGGGAUGGUUUUUCAAUGAUGGACGUGUUAUUUACAUGGAAAGAUGGCACUCAAAAUGUUGUACACACACGGGAAUUAUUUCCAAUCAGAAAAGGUCAGAAGAUAACACUUGGUACAAAGGUGAAAAUGUUGUAUGAACGAAAAUGGUGGUAUGGUACAGUAACUGUUGUCGAAGCAAAAGAAUACUCUUCGUCUGAAGACGAACCACUUUCAACUUAUGUUCCUGCAAACCGUGUGCAAAAUUGCUGCGAGUACAUUAACUGUCAUAAUCCUAUUUUGACUACUUGUACGGAAUGUGCUUGUUUCUUGUGCGCUGAACAUUACCAAGAAGACGCUUCCUGCUCUAAUCAUAUUUUAGUUAGCAAUAACAUAUCCACAUCAAAAAAUCAGGAUACCAGCUAUGAAUUAUCAUUAACCAAUUCAGAAAAAAAAAUUUAUGAUACAGUAUGCACUGAUGAAAAUUAUAUAGAUAUACAGAAUGAAUACCAAAAAUGCUGUCAGUUUUCGAUUUGUACUGAUGAGGUAUUUAGUGCAUGCCAUCGUUGUUCAUGUCUCCUUUGUUAUGAACAUUUUGUCAACAAUUGCUCUACCUGCGAAAAUCAUCUAAACUUUGAAGCUGACUUGACGUUAACAGAAACUUUAAAAUUUGAUUUUGGGCAAACUGAUAUGCAGCAGACUUGUGAAUAUGCCAACUGCACUAACCCUGUACCAACGACAUGCUUUGCUUGUUCUUGUUUACUGUGUGAUAUUCAUUUUGCGUCUGUGCUUUAUAUGCAAUCAUGUUCUGAUCAUAAAAAAAAUCCUGCCUCGCUUGCUGAUUUCGAUAUUACCGAAAUUGAGAAUGUUUCAAAUGAUUCUGAUGCAACUAUGGUCUUAUCUGACACUCGCGACUCACCCAGUAUUUUAAUGCAGAAUACAGUUUUGGAACCACAACAAGACAGUUAUUUGGCCCCAGAAGACUUUAUAGUAGAAACCUGUUAG